CCCGCGUUAACAGAUUAAUUUCCGCGGUGCCGGGCUGGAGACUUUCCCACGCAUUUUCCAGGGAAAAUGUGCUGAGGGCCGGAAUUCUGCCGGUGCCGCUGGGAAGACGCUCGCUGCCUGGAGGUGGGCCGGGGGGCUCUGGGGUGGUCGCCGAGCCCCGGUUCCCGGCGGGAUGAUGGAGCCGGCGAUGCGGAGCCUGUUGGAGCUGCUGGUGCGCCAGGCGGAGGUGCUGAGCGAGGGAAGCGAAUGCCAGUUCAUCGAGUUAGCCAAGAACUUUGAAGAGCAUCGGCGAAAACUGCAGAAAACUGAGCACGAGCUGGGCAGGUGCAAAGAUCUUCUCAUGAAAACCGAAGCCGAGCGCAGCGCUUUGGAUGUGAAGCUGAAACACGCUCGCAACCAAGUGGAUGUGGAGAUCAAACGCCGGCAGAAAGCCGAGACGGAUUGCGAAAAGCUGGAGCGGCAGAUACAACUGAUCCGAGAGCUGCUCAUGUGCGAUGCGUCGGGGAGCAUCCAGCUGAGCGAGGAGCAGAAGUCUGCCCUGGCUUUUCUCAACAGACCACAGGCAUCCAUGGAGGCUCCAGGCAACAAAAGGCUCUCUACCAUAGAUGAAUCUGGCUCCAUUCUGUCAGACAUCAGCUUUGACAAGACGGAUGAGUCACUGGAUUGGGAUUCCUCCCUGGUGAAAACGGUCAGGCUGAAAAAGAGAGCGAAAAGGCGGUCUUCCAGGCAGUUCAUUGACGGGCCACCAGGUCCUCAGAAGAAAACCCGAUCGAUCGGCUCCACCGCGGACCAGGGAAACGAAUCCAUAAUAGCAAAAACCACCCUCAUGGUCCCCAACGAUGGUGGCCCCAUCGAGGCCAUCUCUACCAUCCACACGGUGCCUUACAGAGGCCGCAGGAAGAGCGGUCCUUUGCAGCCUUGGAACAGCGAGACGAGCGUGGGCAGCAAGCAGCCGGAAUCCAAAUUGGAGCCCGAUGGCUCCAGCACCCCACAGAGCAACGGGGCAGUGCGGCUGCAUGAGUUCGUGUCCAAGACGGUUAUCAAGCCUGAAUCAUGCGUUCCCUGUGGGAAGAGAGUAAAAUUUGGAAAAAUCUCACUGAAAUGCCGAGAUUGCCGCGUGGUCACCCACCCCGAGUGCCGGGACCGCUGCCCGCUCCCCUGCAUCCCCACCUUGACCGGCACCCCGGUCCGCAUCGGGGAGGGGACCUUGCUGGAUUUUGUCCCUUCCACACCUCCGAUGAUCCCUCCCAUCCUAGUGCACUGCGUUAACGAGAUCGAGCGGCGAGGGCUGCGCGAGACGGGUCUUUACCGGGUCUCCGGCUGCGAGAAGACGGUGCGGGAGCUGAAGGAGAAGUUUCUCAGGAGCAGGAGCAUCCCCCUGCUCAGCAAAGUGGACGACAUCCACGCCGUCUGCAGCCUCCUCAAGGACUUUCUGCGCAGCCUGAGGGAGCCGCUCCUCACCUUCCGCCUGAACAAGGCUUUUAUGGAAGCUGCGGAAAUCCUGGAUGAGGACAACAGUGUGGCUGCCAUGUACCAAGUGGUUGGGGAGCUUCCUCAGGCCAACAGGGACACGCUGGCGUUCCUCAUGAUCCACCUCCAGAGGGUGGCUCAGAGCCCGGCUACUAAAAUGGACGUCACCAACUUGGCCAAAGUCUUCGGCCCCACCAUCGUCGCCCACGCGGUGCCCGAUCCCGACCCGGUGACGCUGCUGCAGGACACCAAGCGCCAGCCCAGGGUGGUGGAGCGGCUGCUCCUGCUCCCGGUGGAAUACUGGAGCCAGCUGGGCGCGGGGGAGCAGGAAAACGUGGAGCCAGCGCAGGUGAUGGAGAGCGGCGCCAGCCCACGGACGCCGGAUUGUAAAGUCAGCAUGCUGGGCCCCCUCACCACGCCGGAGCAGCAGCUCUCCAAGACUCCAUCCUCCAACUCCUUAUCCCAGCGGGUCCGCUCUACCUUCACCAAAAGCACCCCCAGAUUUGGGAGCAAAAGCAAACCGACAACCCAGCUCGGGCAUCCGGGGAACUUCUUUGCUUCUCCUCUGCUGAAGUGAAGCAGGAGGCGCCGGCGCGUUUGCACCCCCAUAACUACCCAGAGUCCUCCACCCCCCGCCCCGGGCAGCUUGUGUAGAAAAUUUUAUUUUAUUAUUUUUAUUUUUUUUUUUAACUUUCAGCUUCACCCAGACUUUUAAUGGGAUUUGAUUGUGCAAUGUUUUUUGUGGUUUUUUUAUUUUUUUAACGCUGCAUUGAUUUUAGUAUUGGUGAAGAAAGCAACUAGCACGAUUCGUCUAAAGUAUUAUUAAUAAUAAUAAAAAAAAUCUAAGAAAAUAACUAACAAAAUUUGUUUAAAAUAAUAUUAAUAAUAAUAAAAAAAUACACUGGAGGAA